CCUUUGCCUCCAGUAUCCCAGCAUUCACCGCGUGAUCUGCAGUGUAUUGACAAAGAACAGAGCGAGAGAAAAAAAAACUGGGUGGGAUCAUCAAAACAGUAGCCUAACGUGCCUCAAGCAACCCUUAUAAAUUGACGGUGAAAAGCAGGACAACACCAUGCCCUUAAGGAGCUGAGAGUGGGAAGGCCCAUUGAGCCAGAGUGGAGGUCACACACCUGCACAGCUCCCCGAGAGAAACGCUGCCCUGCCAAACAGAGGACGAGAGACAGGGGAGCAGAAGAGAGCUCAGCUGGAGCCAAUGCAGCAGCAGCAGGGCCGACAGCCGGAGCUUGUGGAAGGAAGCCUUCCCGUGUUCGUGUUCCCCACAGAGCUCGUCUUCUAUGCCGAUGAGCAGACGUCCCACAAGCAGGUGCUCACCCUCUACAACCCCUAUGAGUUCGCACUCAAGUUCAAAGUGCUAUGCACAGCGCCAAACAAGUAUACCGUGGUGGAUGCCACCGGAGCUGUCAAACCACAGUGCUGCGUAGACAUAGUGAUCCGACACAGAGAUGUACGGCCCUGCCACUAUGGGGUGUAUGAUAAGUUCCGGCUGCAAGUGUCGGAGCAGAGCCAGAGGAAGGCCCUGGGCCGGAAGGAGGUGACUGCCACGCUGCGGCCCUCAGCGGCCCAGGAACCCCCUAGCCCCCGUCCCCAGGAGGAAGAGGGCAGGCUGAAGGUGCAGCUGGCCGACAGUGUGUUCUUUGAACAGACUGCAUUCCAGACAGAGAGCCGGGUUGUGUCAGGAGGGCCCAGUCUCCUGACAGUGCUGCUGGGAUUGGUGUGUAUGGCUGCCCUCAUGCUCCCUACCCUGGGAGAGCAAGAAUCCACCGUGCCUGUCUACCUCCACUUAAGUGUUAACAAAAAACUUGUAGCUGCUUAUGUUCUAGGUCUUCUUACAAUGGUUAUCCUGCAUACAUGAAGUUCAUUUCUCACUGGAGAGAAAGGGAGGAAUAGCUGAAGCAAAAUAAAAAAGAAGAGGAUCUUCACACACCCAAGGCUACCAUGUGACAGGGUAGUGGUGGGGGAGGGGGGACGGGGGAUUGGGUAUCAGGUCAAUUUGCCCCCUUCCUCUAAAAACAUACAUUUACAUCUUCAAAAUACAAGACUGAACUGAUGCAAAUAACAUAGACCUUCAGCGCUGAAGCUAGAAGGGGGAAAAUGCUCAAAGGCUGUGUGAGUCAGUGGCCUUGGGCUUGUAUAGAAAUAUUGUGGAGGGGGUAGGGCUUGAAUUAAAAAUGUUGUUUGACUUCA